ACCUUCCUCCUUCUUUCUAGGCACCGCACGACACGUUAGCAACCACCAAUAACCAGCUACACUUUGACGGUACUAUAUCUCGAUAAGAAGGUCUUUGAAGCGCAAUCACCGCCCCACAACCCUAUUGUCCGCCUCCACAUUCGCGACUACCCACGGCACGACUACUACAUCACGCCUUGCACGAUCCGUAAACCUUCAGCAUGCGCUCCGUCAUCUUCACCUUUCUCGUCGCGCUCCUCGCUACCUUUGCCAUGGCCGUCGCACCACAGCGAUCCGUUAUUAUCAGCUGGCCAAAGGGCACCCCGAAUGAGAUCGUACAGCAGGGCAAAGACGCCAUCAAGAAAGCUGGAGGCGUCAUUACCCACGAGUACAACAUUAUCCAAGGCUUUGCUGCCACGGCCCCGUCUACGGCGCUUGAGAUGGUAACUGCGCUGAGCGAUGUGUACAAGUGCGAAAUUGAGGAGGAUGGUAUUGUUACCACGCAGCAGGACUAGAGGGGGGUUAGUUGAUAUAGGGGGAUAGGGGGUGUUAUAACAGCGUGUUAGUGUGGUAGUGUCAAGUUGAGCAUGAACCAGCUACACUGGGAGCUUGUAUUGUUUUUCCGAGUCCCGGAUAAAGUUACUCAACGAUACCAAAUUGCAUAUGAUUAUCGCAUCGCGGGAGUGGCUGGGACGUGUUUGUUUGGCACCGAGCCGAGCCGGUGUGUGCUGGCGAAUCGUAACGAUGCGCAACGUUCUCGCAGUGCCAUAGCAACAAAGAAGAAGCAAAAUGCAUACC